GUACAUACUGUACGUAUUUCUGUCGUGUUCUACGACUCCCGCCAGGCUGAUCGGCUGGCCCAACACCGGAGAUGGAUGUACACGCUGCUCUUCUCAGACACGCUCGCCUCGUGCGUGGCUCUGUCUGCUCCCAAUGCCUCCGCACCCUCCAACCACGGGUCCGCCACAGCUCCACCACCUCCCACCGCACCGCGUCGCCCGCAGAGAAACCCAGGAUGGCCCUGACGAAAGAACAGCGUGACUUUCUCGACAGCGCCCUCAGAGUCAACCAGGCUGGGGAGCUUGCGGCCACUCUGAUCUACACCGCCCAGUCGCCCCCCGUGGUCCGCUCACACCCACACCUUCGACCGCUUAUGAAGCACAUGUAUGACCAGGAGGCCGGUCACUUUGACACCUUCAACAAGCUGAUAGCGAAGCAUCGAGUUCGACCCACGGUCAUGUACCCCAUCUGGGAGGGCGUCUCGACGUUCUUGGGCUGGUCUACGGGGAUAAUGGGGCGAGAGGCCGCAAUGGCAUGCACGGAGGCCGUUGAGACCGAGAUCGGGACCCAUUAUAAUGAUCAGAUCCGGGUGAUUCUGGAAUGGUUUGCCGAUGCCGAGCAGAGAGGAGAAGAAAUCGAUGGUGAAUUGAAAGAACUGGUCUCUACGCUGAAGAGGAUCCGGGAUGAGGAAUUGGAGCAUCUGGAUCAUGCUGUCGAGAACGAUGCGAAAGAGGCUAACCCGUACGAUCCAUUGGUCAACGUCAUUCGUCUGGGCUGCAGGGCCGCAAUCAAGAUCAGCGAGAAGAUAUGAGUUCACACACGCAUGUGCUUUUUGAUGACCCAAGCUUGUAUUAAUAUUCUGUCUCUGUUUCCUGUCCCGCAUUGUAAAUGGAUAUACCGCAAUUUUUACUUAGCAAAAGCCUUAACUCUUGUUCUUGAAGUGUUCCGAAGGAUGUUUUAAAUGAAGUUCUUGUAGCUCUACUACCUUUUAUGCGAUGGGGUAUUAUCUUUUAAAAACAAGCAACAUCGCCUUGAAUCAAAGCCUUUUCUUUCUUUCUUUUU